AUGAUUGUCACUUGGGGUAAAGAAGCAGCAAAUCAGUCAGAAUCAGCUAUACAGGGCCAGAAUGUCUCAGAAGAACUUCUAGAUGAGCAUAUAGAAACAAGGUUCAGAAAGGCCAAGCAGUAUUUUGAAGAAGCUUUCGAAAAUGCGGAUGAAGAAAAACUACAAAGUUCCCUCACAGUCUUUAAUGAGCUCUUUGCUAAUGAAAGGCUUCAGGCUUGCAGGACUGAGAGACACAAGACUAUCUUAUUUGAGAGUAGUUUUCAUUUAGCAGAAAUUCAUCAAGAAAAGAGGAGUAUCAGCCAAGCACUAAAGUAUUACUUCAAAUCUGUCCAGAUUAGAGGAAAUCAUAUAGAAAGUUGGACAAAAAUGGGGGAUUUGUUUUACUCACAAGAUUCCGUUGAUAAGCCACAUAUGAAGAAGAAGGCUCUCGAUUGCUAUCUCAAAGCUUUAGAAGCAAAUGAAUCUCCUGAUAUCAAUAACAGUCUAAUUCAAAAGAGUUCUGGAGUUGGGACUAUCUCAUCAGCUCCUUACAACAAGACAAUGUUCUUCUACAUUAUUCAAAAGCUAUGUGACAUCUACUUCCUAGAGGGAGAGCACUAUAAAUGCAGAAAGAUGCUUGAGAUGUAUCUAAAGAGACAUCCAAAUGAUACAGAAUAUCUUCUGCUCCAAUCAUUCCUUCAUAGACUCAACAGUGAUGAUGACAAAUACUUAAUUGCGAAAGUAUGAAAGUUAAAGAAUAAUCAGCCCUUCGACUAUUUCUCGGUACCUAUAAUUAAGAAGUUCAUGAUGAAUAUAAAGCCUCCACAAGGCCUUUUCGAUCAUAAGACAAGGGUGUUUACAAGGACUCCGGUUCCUCAUCAAACUAACCAGACUUCAACUCUUAUCAUCAAAAAGCUUAAUAUCAGAGGGCUAAAUAAAUUUAUUUGAGAUCUUGAUGACCUUGUCUCUAAAAUUUGUCCAUAUUGUGAAGAGUUCAACAAGAUUCUUGAGCCAAAACAAAUUGAGUUCAUCAAGGCAGACAUCAUCAAGGAACUUAAGGAUAAUAAGCUCAUCAUAGAGUUUCCUAAUGCUGAUUUGAAAGAUCUUGCCAGUUGUGUAGAUACAAAAGUCAACAAGAUUUACCAAGUAGAAUUUGAGAAGGAGCUCACAGCAGUCCAAACCAUUUCUGUUUCAAACUCGACUUCCAAAGAUGUCUACUCAGGUUUGAAAAAGAGGUCAGCAAAAAGGAGAUCUAAUAUGCACAAAAGUGACUCACAUCAGUGGGAAACAGAAGCUCUCCCAAACCAAAGAGACGCUGAAAUCAGGAAUAUCUUCACUAACAAAAUGAGAAAGUACUUAGACAGAAUCAAAAGUGAAAUUGCACCUAUUUCCUAUAACGACCUGAUCCUCACAAGGGAUCUUAACAAGUCUCAGCAUUCUCAGGAGCAUGAGGAUCCAAACACGACUGAGGAGAAUAUAUAAAAUCAAGAGAGUCUUUAAGAAGCAGAGGUGCUUCUAAUGCUGAAGAGGAGAAAAAGAGCUCUAUGGAGACCCGCCCUAAGAAAAAGAGAGGCCCUAAACCAAAGAAGGAGAGUGUCUAUAGUAAGAUAUAUGAGAGUGAAGAAAAUGUUCACAAGCUCCUAGUCAGUCUCUUUGAGAUAAUUAACAGCAUGAAUGGAUAUAAUCUCUAUGACUUUAUUCUAAAUUUUCUUGAGUUUCCAUUGAGAAAUAGCUAUGAAGCUCAGAAAUUAAUUUACACCCCAAAUAGUCUCAACUUCUAUAAUUUGUUCCAGAAGGUAUAUAUUACCUUAAACGAUUGGGAGAAGAGUCUUCCCUUGGAGAGUUUGGUGUUCCUCACCGAGAUCACCUGCAGAAACAGUGAUUAUUACUAUGGAUAUUUCUUCAUUAGAGAUAAACUCUUUGAUUGUAUCCAAUUCUAUAACCCAAAGAUCUUGCAGAGUCAGAAUUUCAGUGAGUCUUUACAAGUAAGAAUCUGAUAUCUUCUCUCAAAGUACUUCAAAGAUGUCACCCACCAAAAGAUAGAGGCAGUUGAACUUAUCGAAAAAGCUCAGAAAUUAUUAGAAAACAUUAAGAAGAGGGUCAUCCAAGGUACUGAGGAAUAUGAAGAGUCAGAGUAUGAGUCUAUAGUUCUUCCAUGGGUCUCUUUCCAAGAAUGAAUCACUCAGGAGAAACUCAUCUCUCUUUGGAAAGAUCUAGAAAUGGAAGUGGACAUCCUUUUCUUCGUUAAGCCAAGUUUGAAAUCUGAGGAAAAUACCCUUCUUGAAAAGCUCAAUCAAAUUCUCAAGCAGAAGCCAUCCUUGGUCGAAGAAGAUCUCCCUGUUCGUAAGGAGCUUGAUGAAAAUAACGAUCCAAAAGCUCAAAUAGAGUUUAAUUCCUUAGAGUUAGACAAUGAAAAUCCAGAAGAAUUGGAGAAAAUCAAGGAUCAGUUCGCGAAAAUUUUCUCUACUCUCAAAUAAAUAUAAUGGAGAACUCUUUAAAAAGACGAAUAGGUUUAGGUAUCUCGAAAUUCACAGCAACGGUGGGCUGGACAAGGACAUCACCAUAUAUCUAGCUCAAGGAUUCCCAUUUGAAUUCUUUGAAUCAGCACAAAUCGACCCCAUAGAAGCCAAAAAGAAAUUACAAGUAUGGGCUUCAGGCAAAAAUAUUGAUGCAAUUGAUGAUAGCGAUGAAUCUGACUAUUCCAUGAACAGUGAUGAUGAUCUAUCAGAUCAAAAUAAGGAUGAAAGUAAACUAGAAAGCAGCCAAGACAGUGAACUCGAAAGCAACCAAGAAAGUCACCCUAACAAGCUCGAAGAUAGUAAGGAAGAAAGCAAUGAAGAGAGUAAGGAGCAAAGCAAAGAAGAAAGCAUGGAGACUAGCAAAGAAGAACCUAACAACACUGUAUCAAAUCUGGAUAAAGACAAUGAUGCAAAGGAAUCUAAAGAACAAAAAGAUCCUGUAAAAGCAACUAUUGAGUCUAAAGAGGAAUCGUCAAUGGAAUUAGCAUCUAGAAAUCCACUUAAUGAAGAAGAUGAAGAUGAAGGGGAGAGUGAUAGCUCCAGCAACGAAGAUGAAGAUAGCAAAGAUACUUCAGAGGAACUAAGUCAGGAAGUUGAACUAAAGUUCACAAAGAUUGAAAGUGAAAGACUCCUAUCACUCGGCUUGUUCUUCCUUAAGAGUAUGUUCACAAUGAUAGAGGAUGAGUCAGGCAAUGUUAAAGACGACCAAAGCUUUGACAGCUGACUGAAAUAUUGUAGAAAAAUCUUUAAAGGAGUAGAUUUCAAUGGGUUUGCAGCAAUGUUCAGGUACCUCUUAAUCAAAAUGGAUAUACUCAGAGUCGAGAACUCUAGAACUCAUACUUCAAUCCAUAACUCAGAUUUUUACAAAAAGCUGAACAAUAAGCUGGUUUACAUAAUCAAAGAUGGCUUCAAUAGAUGUGAUUUCUACUACAGCCAAAUUAAGGAUUGGUUUGAUGACAAGUGCAUUACUCAAGAGAAACUGUUUAUGAACUUUUCUGAAGAAGCCCCAAUUGAAGCAAAGGUCUCUCUUUACAAAAAGAGGGUUAUCAUUUACAGGCAAAUGAUCAAUUUGUUGGUAAACUACAUAAACCCACAAAACUUGGCAAAUAUUGUAACCUCUGGGCCUUUGAAUGGCUUUAAUGUAGUACUCGGAAUGCUUAUCAGACUCCAGCUGAUCAUUGCCUAUAUGGAAUGGUACAUUAAGCUAGCUAAUAGCAAUGACCCAACUUCUAAAGCAAGUAAGGAUCCUUCUCUAGAUGAAAUAAGCAGGCUUCAAGGAUUCUCUGAUUAUCUUAAAAUGCUUCAUUAUAUUGACCAUAUGUGUAAUCAAUCAACGGAGAUUAUUGGGAACAGCUACCCACUCUUUGUAGAUCAGUACUUUUCCCUAAACUUUCCUCUUAUAUGGUAUUUCAUGAACAAUUAUCCUAACCUUUAUCCAAACAUGAAUACUUUACUUUGGAGGCAGAUGAAGCAAGUAUAUGGUAUUGAUAUGUCCGGAUACGAUGAUUCCAGCAGCGAUAAAGAAACUCCAAUCAAGCAAGAGUCUGAAAAAUUCUGGAUCAACCAAAAAGAAACUAAAGAAAUUGAGCGCAAUCUUCAAUCUAUGGACCAAAUUUCUACUGUUUCUCCAGCUAGGUCACGAAUCCCAGAUUUAUUUGAUCUGACAAAAAUACUCAAAAUAAUUAUAAAACACCCUGUCUACAAGAUUUUCAAGUCCGAAGACUAUGAAUCUAUUGCUAAAGUCCUUCACAAAAAUUCAAGCCUGAAGAGCUUCCUGUAUCGGAUAAACAAAAGGAUCUCUCACUGCACGCUCAUGCUUUUCCAGAGCAAUUUCUUCUCUAAGAAUAAACUCCAUUAUGAUGCAAUGAGUAUCCCUCAGAAAGCACUAAACGAGGGAAUCAUGACCAAAGUGCUCGGCUUUAAUGAGAGGUGCAACACAGAAAUUUUUGAGAGAAUUGAAAACUGUUUCUGUAUGGAAGACCAAAACAGCUUCAACUGUUUCAGUCAUGAUUUUCAUAUCUUCGCAUGUGAGGCUUUCUUUAUAUAUCUGAAUACGGUGUUUGCUACAACAGUGACUCAAAGUGAGGAGGAGACAAAGGUUUAUAAUUCUGUAUCACCUUCGUUUCCUUAUAUCCCCUCUGUUCCUACAAGGUUUGAAAACCUACAGAUUGAAGGAGCCAUAAAGAACGAUCCCAUGAAGACUUUAGAAUUUCUCAUUGAAAUUGACUUGUUCUUUAAUCCCUGUUCUUACCAUUCUUGCCAACUCAGUGCAUAUCUGAGGGGUUACAAUUUCUCUAAAGCAGUAGAGAGUGGAUACACUCGAGGUCUGAAGAAGAUCGUCAAUGUGAAAGAAGAACUAGCAUUUAGACAGACUAUCUUCAGCUGAGCUUAUGGCAUCUACAACAGUAUCUGUCAUAUCAUUGUCAAUGGAGGUAUUACAGAGCAAGAGAAGAAGAGUUUUGACUUCCAAAUUCCCAGAAGUGAAUGGUUCUUCAGAAUAGACAACCUAAACAGAUGGUUUGAUUCCAACCCAACAAAAGAACUCACAGAUUUGCUAUUACUUCUUAUUAGAACAAUCAAGUUUUAUAUGAUCUCCAGAUUUGAAGGCAAGGAAUAUGACAUUAUUGCAACCAUUGAAGAGAAUAAGCUGAGAAAUCUCCUGAUCCUAACUUGUCUAUGAUACUUAGUCAUUGCAGGUUAUAGCCAGCUAUGAAAAAUUGAAGGUAGACUAAAGUCUGCCACUUUGAUUAUGGGAAAUAGUGUUGGAAGAUACCUCAUGGCUCUUCACCAAGAUGAUUGGAUUAACUAUGAAGUUUUCGGAUUUCCUAAAACUGAACAAACUAUUGAGGACAAAGAACUAAUGGAGUUCAGACUCAAAAAGUCUCUUAAAGAAACAGAGAAGCAUUAUACUACUCUUUGGAAAUAUCUCGAAAGAUUAACAGUUGAAGACGGAUUCUCCUGGGAAUCAAUGACUCCAAUACCCUUUAUUAUUCUCUCUCAAAGCUUAAGUGAGCUUGAGGAUGGGCUCACGAAAUAUUCCUUUGACUUACAGUUCCUUCAUGAGGUAGGAAAGAAGGUAUUCCAAUCAUGAGUAGUCCAAAAGAAAGGAGCUAAAUAUAAAGAAAGAUACUCUGUAACAGUUCUGAGCAACCUCUUCGUCCAAGAAUGCCACAGUAUUGCAAAGAUAUUCAAUAAGCAUUUGGAUGAAUAUGAAUUUAAAUCUGAUCUUACUGUGCAAGAAGGGUUUAAAACUAUGAACACUUGCCUUACUGAUGCUAUGAUACAAGAAGAUAUCUUGGGUCCACGUGAUGGAACUCUAAUCAAUACCAUACAAACUGUUAAAGCAAACCUUGAGUUGAUAGAGAUCUAUCUUCAGAAGAACAAUUACGAGAAUAAGCCAUUUGUUCAGGCCAAGGUUUACCAGACUUUCUGUAAAUUUGCCUUAAUCACCAAAAUCCCAAACUAUUUAGAGUUUUGUAAAGCCAGAAUCCUGAGUUUAUACUCCAAAGCCCUCAUAAACCUUGAAAAUGAGAUAUGUGACUUUGAAUUUGACCAUUUCUAUGGGUCAACCUUAGGAUCAGCUAUAAUGACUAUCUCAGAUAGAAUGGAAAUGAUCGAAACUUUCUGUGAUAUCUGAGUCACCGUUGGAGACUACCAACUCCUUGACAAAUUUAACAAAGGAUUCAAGAGCAGAUGCAAAGAAGAUACUGAUAAGGCCAAUCAAGCUCUCUCUAAAACUGCUGGUGGACUUAAGAUCGAGAGGAAAAUUCAAAAGAUGGCUGCAUUUUCUUCAAUAAGAGCUCUCAGGACAUGUGUUGAUCUAGAGUACAAGGAAUAUAUGACUCCGAAGAAAACUUCAAAAAGUGGUCCAAGAAGGGAUCCGAAUCAGGAGCAUGCUACCAAACCCAGAGACUUAGUCGGACGUGAAAAAGUCCCUGAGUUACUAAAAGAUACUUUCACUAUUUACCAAUUCUACAAGAACUCCCCUGGAGGAUUAGCCGGCAAAGGAAAAUCUAUUCUCAAGAAUGAAGAAAAGGAACUUCUUUUCGAAUGAGUCUUCAAAAUGAGAAUAAUCCAUGAAGGAAUGGUCAACCAAAAUUUACUCACUAUUACUGACAAAGAGGUUGCCAUUGAAGCUCUCAAAGAUUGUGAGGAAUGGUUUGCGAGCUAUAACAAAACCUUCAAGACCAUCAAAUUAGAUCAAUACAACAAAGAGAAUGCAAAGAUAUUUUAAGAAGAAUAU